CGCGGACGUGCCGACGUGCGCGCCCUCGAGUGUCACCUUGCUGUACCCGCUGCAGGCGAGCACAGCGACCGAGCGUCCGGCCCAGAGGCACACAGGCAGCGGGAAUCUGACCGGCCACCGGGCACCGACAGGCGGCACCAUGACGGACGGGAAGGCCAAAACCUCCCCGAAGGCCAUCAAGUUUCUGUUCGGAGGCUUGGCCGGGAUGGGGGCCACGGUGUUCGUGCAGCCUCUGGAUCUGGUGAAGAACCGCAUGCAGCUGAGCGGCCAGGGCUCCAAGGCCCGCGAGUACAAGACCAGCUUCCACGCCCUGGUGUCCAUCCUGAGGAACGAGGGCGUGCGAGGCAUCUACACCGGCCUGUCUGCAGGUCUGCUGCGUCAGGCCACAUACACAACAACACGUCUGGGGAUCUACACGGUUCUGUUUGAGAAGAUGACCGGAGCCGACGGGAGGCCGCCCAACUUCCUCAUGAAGGCGCUGAUCGGCAUGACGGCCGGAGCCACGGGGGCGUUCGUGGGCACGCCGGCCGAGGUGGCGCUCAUCAGGAUGACGGCUGACGGACGCUUGCCUGCGGACCAGAGGAGAGGUUACACAAAUGUGUUUAACGCUCUGGCUAGAAUCACCAGAGAAGAAGGACUCACCACACUCUGGAGGGGGUGUAUUCCCACCAUGGCUCGUGCAGUUGUAGUGAACGCGGCUCAGCUGGCCUCGUACUCCCAGUCCAAACAGGCGCUGCUAGAAUCAGGUUAUUUCAACGACGACAUCCUGUGUCAUUUCUGUGCCAGUAUGAUUAGCGGUCUGGUUACCACGGCAGCAUCCAUGCCCGUCGACAUUGUCAAGACCAGGAUCCAGAACAUGAGGAUGAUCGACGGGAAGCCAGAGUACAAGAAUGGUUUGGAGGUCCUGGUCCGGGUGGUGGGGAAGGAGGGCUUCUUCUCCCUGUGGAAAGGCUUCACUCCGUACUACGCCCGCCUCGGCCCGCACACCGUCCUCACCUUCAUCUUCCUCGAACAGAUGAACAAGCUCUACAAGACCUACGUGCUGGACCGCUGACACACACACACACACACACACACACACACACACACACACACACACACACACACUUACCAUGGACACACACACACACUCGUAACACACUGCCAUAGACACAGACAGACAGACGCACAAGUACAGAAACACAAACCAGCGUUUUAAGUGAAGCUAAAUGGGAAUCGGUUACAGUCGGAUUGUACCAACAGGUGGUGCUGUCCACUUUCUUUACACACACACACACACACACACACACACACACACACACACACACUCACACCACAAGACGGUUCUUUUUGUUAUAAAAAGAAUGUAAAAUUCCUGUUGUUCAAGCAUCACUUAGUGAUGUCGUUAAUAAUUCUGAUAAAUAAUAAUUAUAUUAAGUUGUGUUUGUAGAAUUGAGACCCUGCCCCUCCCCCUCCCCUCCACCUCAACAACACGUCGUGUCAUGGGAUGGCUCAGUAACCAUGGUUACUGUCAAUGAUUGAUGGUGGGAAGGAGAGAAGGAUGAAUAAACUGACUUGAGCCUCAA